AGCCUUGUACCGUUCCACUCAGUCCCUUUCCUUCCCGAUUCCAUCCGAACCAGCCCGAGACCACUCGGCAGCGGUUCGCCAGGAUGGCUUCCGAGCUGCCGCCGGAGAGCGUCUACGCCCCCGUCUUCCACAAAAAGAAGCAGGGGAAGCUCUGCCUCCACGGGGGAGGGCUCCGCUUCGAGACCACCCUUCCGGACGACCCGGGCGGCGCUCCCAUGGCCGAGAUCUCCUGGAAUAAGGUGGCCAAGCACCAGGUCAGCCCGGCAAACUUUCCCAGGGCCCUCCUCAAGAUCCUUCCGGUCGAGGGGGCCGGGAAGCCGCUGACCUUUCAGCUGGGGGACCGGCCCGGGCUGGAAAAGGCCCGGAACGAGAUCACCGAGCGCAUCCGGGUCUCCCGCUCCGAGACGGCCCCGGUGCUCCGGCAGGAACCCCCCGCGACGCCCUCCGGGCCGGCCAACGGGAACGGAAACGGAAACGGCCAGAGCCACACCACCGACGGCCCGGGCCACGGAACCAAGCGCAAGGCCAGCGGGCCGCCCUCCUCCGCCUCGUCGUCCUCCGGCAGGGGCUCCCGUUCCAACGCCUCGCUCCUCGCCACCGGAAACACCACCGCGGUUUCCUACGGAGAGCUCGACCCGACCUCCGAGGCCGUCACGCGGUCCAGCCUGCUGGCUUCCAACCCCUCCCUCCGGUCCCAGCACAGGUACCUGGUGGAGGAAUCCAAGACGGUCAGCGAAGAAGACUUCUGGACCACGCACAAGUCCCUCCUGGAGGAGGAAUACGCGCGGAUCUCGGGGAUCACCCGGGCCGGGACCUCCUCGCUGCUGCAGUCCCACCUCCAGGUGCUGACGGGCCGGAUCACCCUUGGGGUGGAGGAGAUGCGGCAGAUCUUCAUCCUCUACCCGGCCGUCCACAAAGCCUACGAGGAAAAGGUCCCCCUCGAGCUCAGCGACGAGCAGUUCUGGAGGAAGUACCUGGAGAGCGAGUACUUCCACCGGGACCGCGGCCGGGUGGGGGCCGCCAGCGGGAGGCUGGCCAGCGGCCAGGGCGUCCCCGACGGGGUGGACCCCAAGAAGGCCAAGGAGCAGGCCGACGCCAGCAAGGACCAGGCGGCACGGGCCGCGGUGGUCGCCGCCGACGACAUCUUUAGCCGGUACGACCAGAAGCUCCGCGAGUCGUCGGGAAAGCCCGACGAGGGGGGCUUUUCGCAGGGGGACAAGGGCGAGGAUCCCUCGGCGCCGGCGUCGUCGUCGUCGUCGUCGUCGGAAUCCCAGCAACCGGCCUCGAAGCGGCGGAGGUGGGGGUCCCGGCUGGCCAUCGGCCAGUUCGACCUGGCCUCGACCUUUGAGACCGAGCGCGGGAACCUGCUGGAGGGCCCCAAGGACAACCACCCCCACUACGACGGCAGCGCGUCCGGGGGGACCGGCGACGAGGCCACCAGCACCAUCGGGGCCAAGGUCAUCCAGAAGUACAACCGCCACUGGGCCAUGGUCCUCAACCCGGACGAGGCCGUGGCGGGGAGCAACCUCAUGGAGGUCGCCCGGCACAGCGUCCGGGACGCGAUCCCCAACGACCAGGACGCCGAGCCGGGGGGCGGCUGGGACGAGGAGAUGCGCCGGCUGGUGGGCUUUGCCGAGGCCAGCGAGGAACAGGCCAACCACGCGCUGGGGAUCGGGGACUCGGACGAUUACGAGGCCCUCACGCUCAAGAACGUCGGUGCCUACUACAACCGCGGCGAUGCCCCUUCGAACGAAAGUUGCGACAACCAGCAGGAGCAGCAGAGGGCGGCGGAGGCCAAGCGCUGCGCCAUGUUUGCCAACCUCAUGAACCAGCGAAUGAACAAGCUCCUCGAGGACCACCGGGCCAGGGCCUCCUCGGGGGGCAGGGCCGCCUCGUCGUCUCCUUCGAACGGAAGCGAGUCGUCCAGCCGGCUCGGCAUGGCCUUUCCCCCACCCAGGCACGGCCACCAGCUCAUGCAGGCCCUGACCAAGCGGAUGCAGCUGGAUUCCCGGACCGACGCGGACACCCUCGAGGUGGUCAACGCGCUCCCGGUCGGCUUCAAGAAACGCCUCCACUCGUACUUUCGCCGGGCGAGCGAGCUCCUCCGGCACUUUUUCGGCCUGCAGAGGCUGGCCCAGGAAACCGACGCCAACGGCAGCGGCGGCGGCGGGGCCGACCGCAACGCCUACAAGCAAAAGCUCGAAAAGAUCAAGAACGGCCUCCGGACCCUCCACGGUGACAUCGACGCGAUGCGAAACGAGCAAGAGAUGACCAGCGAGGAGGGAAAGACCAUGGCCGGCAUGUGCAAGCAGAUCAUGGACCAGCUCAACUCGGCCUUCAAGUCGUCGGAGGAGGCGACCAACACCGGCGGCUUUGUCCCCAGCGGCAGCGGGGGCUUUACGACCGUGGAAACCUUUUAGAAUCCGGGCCCGCCGGCGCUUUCCACAAAAAAGCAGAAAAAACGAUCCGGAGCAGCGGCCGGCACCGGCUGUUGCGGGCGAACACACCGAGUGCAACGCCGGAUCGUCUUUCGUUCGUUGGAACGAUCCCAUCGGAAACGAUGCAGAAAAAACAGUAGACAAAAAGAAUACUAUUCUAGAUACAACACGAGCACGAAGAAACAAACCGAAGCUCUCAAAACACCUUGCUCAAAAACAAAAAUCUGUACGCUAC